ACUUUUUAAUUGUUUUUAUUUUAUUCAGUUCAGCAGCACUAGCUACAGGCGCUGUAGUGAAUUGCGGUGUAGUUGCAGUUCGUCUCCGCGCCGCGGCGUGUCGCUGUACCGCAUCAGCUGCUGCGCGUCGGAGGGGAAGUGCGUCAGUGGUCCGUGUGAACAGAGGUCUCCACAGCUCACGAUGGCUCUCAGGCUGCUGGUGGGGAGGGUGUGUGGUGUUUCUGUCAGAGGUGUGCCGGCUGGCGUCUCCUGCUCCUCGUCCUUCUCCUCUCGUCUGAACGCCUCCUGCACGAGCGUGUCGUUUAGCGUGCAGGACCACGACGACUUCACCCAGAGAGUCAUCAACAGCCAGCUGCCCGUCCUCAUCGACUUCCACGCGCAGUGGUGUGGUCCCUGUAAGAUCCUCGGCCCGCGGCUGGAGAAGGCCAUCGCCAAGCAGAAGGGUCGAGUCGCUAUGGCCAAAGUCGACAUCGAUGAACACACAGACCUCGCCAUCGAGUACGGGGUGUCGGCGGUUCCCACGGUGAUCGCCAUGCGCGGCGGUGAUGUCAUCGACCAGUUCGUGGGCAUCAAAGAUGAAGACCAGCUGGAUUCUUUUGUGCAGAAGCUGAUUGAAUAGUGAAGCUGUCAAUCACUGCCCCCUCUAGCCCCGCCCACCUCCCGCUGGAAACUCCAUUACAUUUAAUUACAGACACAGACAAACUGCAUCCCGGAAGGUCUUCGCUUCUCCAUCUCUCCUGCUUUCCUUAACUGUUUGUGUGUGUCGAUAUGUGUUUUUAGAGGGUCUGUGGCAGUGCAUCGUGUUUUACCGCGGUAAAAAUGUUGUAAAGUGUUCUGGGACGUCCUGUAGCUGCUGUACUUUGCUUUGGAGGAGAACUGAAGGAUCGAUGCUACGGCUGACGCAGAUCCUCAUCCGCUCCACCUGAGGGCGCUUCCUCUCGCUCCGCUGUUUCACACCUGAAUGCCUACUAAUGUGAAAGUGUGUGAUGAUCACGGCGGGUUUGUCUUGCUCUGUUUUCUUUGGAUCUGACUGUGAAUUUCGUGCAGGAUGCAUGGGAUUGAUAAUGCUUUUGUUUAGACUGUAACUCAUAUAAACUGUAAUAUAAACAACUAGUCAGAUGAAAUUAUGAAUAAAGCAACUGUACUGUAUUUAA